AUGGAUGAAUUUUGUUCAGCAGAGAAAAUACUCACUGCAGAACAGCAAUACUGUGAGGAUUAUUUCAAUCAAACUACUAAACGUGAUUCUUCUGGAAGGUUUAUUGUUAAAAUACCUUUCAAACCUACUUUAAACAAAUUGGGCGACUCUUAUGACACUGCUUUAAAUAGAUUUUAUGCCUUGGAGAGAAGGUUAAACAACAAUCUGGAAUUAAAACUUUCAUAUUCUAACUUUCUUAAUGAAUACAUUACCUUAAAUCACAUGACAAAAAUUGAGAGAGAUAAUCAGGUAGCCUUCUACAUGCCACACCAUUGCGUUCUCCGAGAAACAAGUGAAACAACUCGUCUCAGAGUGGUGUUCGAUGGGUCAUGCAAGCUUACGAAUGGACUGUCCAUUAACGAUGUUCAAUGGGUAGGCCCAAAGUUGCAAAAUGAAGUAGUUUCAAUUAUUGCUCGAUUUAGACUUUAUUCUUAUGUUUUAACUGGGGACAUUACAAAAAUGUAUCGCCAGAUUCAAAUACAUCCUGAACACAAAAAAUAUCAAAGAAUUUUAUGGAGGGAAAAUGAAAGUGACGAAUUAUCAGUAUAUCAGUUAAACACUGUUACAUACGGUACGGCGGCGUCUGCGCCAUAUUUGGCCAUUAGAUGUUUGAUUCAAACUGCACUAGACAAUGAAAAAGAAUUUGGUUUAGAAGCUCAAAUAAUUAAGGAAGACUUUUACGUCGAUGGCCUUAUAACAGGGUCCGACAAUCUACAGACAUUAAUGAGAAUGACUAUUAAACGAAAUAUACAACAAAUUCUAUUUACUGCAGGGUUUUCUUUGCAAAAAUUUAAAAGUAAUGUCAAGGAACUUAGGGAUGAUACUGAUAAUAAAUCAUUAAAACUGUCUGAUAAUCAAAAUAAAGCAUUAGGGGUAGGCUGGAACCCGAAACAAGAUUCAUUUUUUUACUGUUUUAAUUCUUCUGAAAUACCAGGACAAAUUACCAAACGCACAAUUUUGGCAACUACUGCACAAAUGUAUGAUCCUCUUGGUUUACUGGCUCCAAUAAUCAUUACUGCAAAAUUGAUGGUCCAAGAAUUAUGGCAAAUUAAAUUAACAUGGGACGAAUCAGUUCCUGCUUAUUUGCAUACAAAAUGGUUGACGUUCAAAAACAAAUUACAUUAUAUCAAUGAAAUAAUCAUUCCGAGACAAGUUCUCAUAUCCGAUUAUAAGGUAGUUGAAUUACAUGCAUUUUCGGACGCAUCUCAAAGGGCAUUUGGAGCGUGUCUUUAUCUAAGGUCUAUCGAUGGUUAUGGUAGAGUAAAGGUAGCACUUUUAGCCGCAAAAUGUAGGGUAGCGCCAUUAAUAAAUGUCAAAUUACCGCGACUUGAGUUGAGUGGAGCAGUUUUGGCAGCUCAAUUAACCGAUAAAUUUAAAAAUAUAUUACGAAUAGACAUAAACAAACAAUAUUAUUGGUGUGAUUCCAUGAUUGUACUGGCGUGGCUAAAAAAUAAUCCAAAUAAAUGGCAAACCUAUGUUGCCAAUCGUGUUGCUGAAAUACAGAGAUUUAGUAACCCGGAAAAUUGA